CUAGUCCUCAAUCUAUUUCCUCUUUUACAUCAAAUUCGUUGAUCCUGUUUGCUGUGGUUGUUCCUACAAUUUCGAAGAUAUCGACAAGGGCGCAACCGUCAGUCACAUCCAGCAUCACACUAUGUCUACACCACAAACCGACGCCGCAUGGGCGACGCUGAUCUCCGGCAUCCAACAAUCCCUCCCAACGACCUUCCCUUCAUACGACAUUACAUCUGAAAUCAAUCGUACCAUAGACCACACUCAGCUAGCCUUGACAGCAACGGAGCGACAGAUCGACGACCUCUGUCAGGAAGCCAUCCAGCACCAAUUCGCGACUGUCUGCGUGCGACUGAACCAUGUGUCUCGAGCAGUCCAGAACCUGAAAGAACAUCCAGCUGUCGGAGUAGCCUGUGUGGUUGGGUUCCAUGAGGGAACUUACAAGACAGACGAGAAGACAGCUGAAGCGAAGGAGGCUGUGAAUUUGGGAGCGUCUGAGCUCGACAUGGUGCUCAACUACCCUCUUUUGCAAGAUGGGAAGUUCAAGGAUGUCUAUGCGGACGUGCUGGAAGUGCGCAAAGCAGCCCCAGCACCCGUUGGGCUGAAAGUCAUCUUGGAGACGUCUCAGUUGACUCGCGAGCAGAUUAUAGCGGGCUCGGUGCUGGCGUGUGUAGCUGGAGCGGACUAUAUCAAGACUAGUACUGGGUUUAAUGGGCCCGGGGCGAACUUGGAGAACGUUGCUCUUAUGCGAGAGACGGCCAAUCUGGUUGGGAAGGGCACCAAGGUCAAGGCCAGUGGAGGAGUACGGUCAGCAGAGGACUGUCGCAAGAUGUUGCAAGCAGGAGCGGCGCGUAUUGGGAGCAGUUCGGGGGUGAAGAUUAUGCAGGAGACGACGGGAAUCGCUAGUAGUGGUAGUGGUAGUGGCUACUGAACGAGAAAUGUAUCCGAGUUUCUGGAUAGGUUCCUGGAGAGUGCUUUUCUGAAGGAACAUCUAUACUAUGGAUUGAGCAACUACUACAGAGUAACCUCGUCAGGAUGUUGACUUAACGUUGGUGGAGACGGUGGAGCUCAACGUCAUCGUCAGGAAGUAUGAUCGGUCAACCAAAGCCUUCGAACUAGUCCACUAUGUGUUGUUUGGGUCAUCCCCUGCUCCACGAAAGAAUCUUUGGUCUCGUCAA